UUCUCAGCUUCAGUUCGCGGCAAUUCAGUUUCUGUUUCUGUUUCAGUUCGCUGUCAGUUUGUCAACGGGUCGCAUGCGUGUUCGGAAAAUCGAGUGUAUUUAUCUGUAUAUUUUUUGGUAAUAUUUCACAAGGCAACGUGAAAUACCAAUAUCCCUACUUUAAAGUGCAGUGCAGUGUGCAGUGAAAUUUAUAAAUAAAUAAAUUUAUAAAUAUUUUAAGAAAAAAAUAAUAAUAUUUAAAGCCAUGAGGUCCUACGGUUCAACAGGCUGCCUUUUGCUGGGCUUAUUCUCCCUGCUGAUGCUGCUUAAUACAGCUUCUGCUGUGCUGCGUUGCUGGCGCUGCUCCACGGAUGUAUCCAAUGGCGAAUUCUGCAACGAUCCCUUCCAGCCGGAUGGCAUUUCGGAGCAACAGCGCUACUGGAGCUACGUGAACUGCACCUAUUCGGUGGGCGUGAAAUCGGUGAAUGCUCGGCCAGUCUGCAAGAAACUGGUGCAGGAAGUUUACGGCAAGCGAGUAAUUUCGCGCUCCUGCUUUUACGAGGACAUGGACGAUCCGGCGGAUAAGUGUGCCAAUGACCAGACCUCGUCCUACAUCAAGACCGUCUACUGCCGCACCUGCACCACGGAUGGAUGCAAUGGAGCCGGAGGAGCCACUCCUUGGGCCGUGCUGCUACUCCUGCCCCUUCUGGUGGCAGCAUUCCGGCAGCAGACAUGCAAAUGAGCCACGGAUCCGGAACCGGCCCGGACUUAAUUACGGGACUGCUAGCUGAAGUUAAAGCACCUCUCAGUGCUUAGCCCUCCCCGGACUUAACUGGAUUUCUUCAACGAGUUUUUAGUCACUUUGCCCCCACGAAUGAACAAGCACAAAUCACAAGCGAAGGGAUCGGAGUUCCAUCGCCAUCAUCCAGGACCCAACAGAAUGGUCUCCCUCACAAGAAACAAGAAAACAAUCAGUUAUUUGUAGUCACAACUCCACACACACCCAUCAUUCAACACUCAAUCACACACUUAACUUUGUUGUAAUUUGUACAUCUUUGUAAUAUCUUUAUUAUGUAUUUGUAAUUGAAAUGGCACGGCUUUUGGCCGCUGCCUCUUACAUAAAU